AUGACGGUCGGUGGCCAUCCAUCCGACGGCGCGCGGCACGCACAACCGUGGAAGACGGCGAGCUUAAAAGGCAUUGGUUCGGAUGCUCUUUAUAGACGCGAGUUGCGGCGGCAAGUGGGGCCUUGUUUUAUGACCUCAGAUUACGAGCCGAUGCAGAGUGAAAAAAAUCCAAAGCGAAACGCGGUAUUCACACAGAGGGCGCCGCCGUUUCUAGAAAAAUUUCAAUUACAGUAG